CUUGAGGAUGGCUUUUGCGCAUGCGUACCUAAUGUAACAAGAUGGCGGAAAAUGCGGAACUGAAGCAAAUGGUAAUGAGCCUUCGAGUUUCGGAGCUUCAAGUGUUGUUGGGGUAUGCAGGACGGAAUAAGCACGGGCGCAAACACGAACUUUUGACCAAAGCUCUUCACUUACUCAAGGCUGGUUGCAGUCCUGCUGUGCAGAUGAAGAUCAAAGAGCUCUACAGACGACGCUUCCCAACCAAAAUGGUUUCACCAGUAGACCUGGCUCUGCCCGGUGUUCAUUCUGCCUCCAGCCUGCCCGCCGGCCUCGCUCAGCUGGGAUUUGACAGCCACAGUUCCCCAUCGCCUCUGCUGCCUGUUUCUUUACUUGGGCCCAAGCAUGAGCUGAGUCUGCCUCACCUCCCCUCCGCCCUGCAUCCUGUACACCCUGAUGUCAAGCUCCAGAGAUUGCCAUUCUAUGACGUUCUGGAUGAGCUCAUUAAGCCAACUAGCCUGGCCUCAGACAACAGUCAGCGGUUCCAGGAAGCAUGUUAUGCCUUUGCAUUAACACCACAGCAAGUUCAACAGAUCAGCAGCUCCAUGGACAUAUCUGGGACCAAAUGUGACUUUGCUGUUCAAGUUCAGUUAAGAUUUUGUUUAUCAGAGACAAGCUGUCCCCAGGAGGAUCAUUUCCCCCCUAAUCUGUGUGUGAAGGUGAACGGCAAGCCUUGUAAUCUCCCGGGAUAUCUUCCUCCAACCAAAAAUGGAGUUGAACCAAAAAGGCCCAGUCGUCCCAUCAACAUAACCUCUCUUGUCCGACUGUCCACCACAGUCCCCAACACAAUUGUGGUGUCGUGGACUUCAGAAAUUGGGAGGAGUUUUUCCAUGGCUGUUUAUCUGGUAAGACAGCAGUCGUCUGCAGUGUUGUUGCAAAGACUACGGGCCAAAGGAAUUAGGAACCCCGACCACUCAAGAGCUCUGAUCAAAGAGAAAUUAACAGCUGAUCCAGAGAGUGAGAUCGCCACCACCAGUCUACGAGUCUCUCUCCUGUGUCCUCUGGGGAAGAUGAGGCUGACAAUUCCUUGCAGAGCGAUAACAUGUUCUCACCUUCAGUGCUUCGAUGCAACACUUUACAUCCAAAUGAAUGAGAAGAAGCCGACCUGGGUGUGUCCAGUCUGUGACAAGAAGGCACCAUAUGAGCACCUCAUUAUUGACGGGUUGUUCAUGGAAAUCUUGAAUAGCUGUUCUGACUGUGAUGAAAUCCAGUUCAAAGAAGAUGGAAACUGGGCCCCCAUGAGGUCGAAGAAAGAGGUGCAGGAGGUGUCUGCUUCGUACAAUGGUGUAGACAGCGAUUCGUCUCGAACAGAAACGCAUGAGCAUAAACGGGGAUCAUCCAAUGACAACAGCAAGAAGGUUGAUGUGAUUGACCUGACACUGGAUAGCUCCUCUGAGGAUGAGCUAGAUGAUGAGCCGCCUCCUAAAAGGGCCUGUCCCUCGGUGUCACCCGUCUCUCCACCUCCAAACAAGGGAGUACUGAACCUACACAGCCAGGCCUCACCUGUAAGCAGAGCUCCCAGCAUGCCCCCUGUGGAGACCAGCUACAUUCCUCCCCCUCCACCUCUUAUCCAGGACUAUCGCCACUAUUAUCACACAACUAGUGACCUGCCAGAUCUGAAUUUCUUCUCCUUCCUCCAAGGCGACAAUCAGCAUUACAACAUGGUGAUGGCUGCCGCAGCAGCUGCGUCGGCAUCAGCCUCAGAGGACCAUGACUUGCUCCUCAACCGUUUCCUGCCCUACGGCUCCUCUCAGAUGUUACGUGAGCAGCCGGGCACCCCAGGGAGCAGCACGCUGGCAGCCACCAAUGGAGGCAGCAACAGUGGCAGCACCAGUAGUUUGGUGUCUUCCAGCAGUCUGCGGGACCGCGACAAAGACAGAGAGCGAGACAGAGACAGGGACAGCCAUACCAUCUCAGGAUUGUCAAGGUCCUCGGUGGAAGCUGCAGCGGCGGCAGCCAUUUAUGGCUCCAUAUCUGACGUUAUCUCUCUUGACUAG